AUGAUCAAUGCUGAGGAGGAUAAUGAGGAGCCUUUGUACCCUUCGAGUUUCCCCCCGACAAAUGCUCCAACAAAUCCGCAAGGUGCACCUAUUAUCAGAACCCAGCAAUAUCAAACCGGUACCUCGGCACUAGUGGAUUACCUGAUAGGCUUAGGCUCCAAUCCGGGGGGCAAUCCAACUAAUCCUAUUGUUCCCGAUCUGGAUGAAAUAGAAAAAGUAAAGAGGGAAUUGCCAAAGCAACUCGAGGAUCGGUAUAGAUGGUUGGAAGAAAAAUUUAAAGUAAUGGAAAAUGUUGACUACUACUAUGGGAUUGACGCCAAGGAUCUGAGUUUGGUCCCUGAUCUAGUACUCCCGCCAAAAUUUAAGACUCCAGAGUUUGAAAAAUACAAUGGGACUAGUUGUCCUGAAGCUCACAUUAAAAUAUUCUGUCGACGGAUGACAGGUUAUGUUAAUAACGACCAAUUAUUAAUUCAUUGCUUCCAAGACAGUCUGAUCGGGUCAGCAGCUAAAUGGUACAAUCAAUUAAGUCAUGCUAAAAUCAAUUCAUGGAAAGACUUAGCACAGACUUUUAUGAAGCAAUAUGGCCACGUGACUGACAUGGCGCUCGACAGAAUUAUACUGCAGAAUAUGGAAAAGAAGCAAAGUGAGAGCUUCAGGAAAUAUGCCCAAAGAUGGAGAAAGGUGGCGACACAAGUCCAGCCACCUCUUCUAGAGAAAGAAACUACGAUGCUUUUCGUCAACACUCUGAAAGUCCCGUUCAUUACCCAUAUGUUGGGAAGCGCUACCCUGAGCUUUUUAGAUAUAGUAAUGUCUGGCGAGAUGAUUGAAAAUGCAAUCAGAAGUGGGAAGAUAGACGCAGGAGAAAGCGCCAAGAGGUCAACCCCAAAAAGAAAUAAAAAGGAAGUGAAUAAUAUGAGCAAAGGGUAUUCCAAAUUGGUCAACAUAGGCCAGCCGAGGACUGUAACCACUAGUUAUCAAGGCUCUUCAAGACAGGAAUCUAACUCGAGGCCGAAUACAGAAAGGCUUCGAUUUACACCCAUCCUAAUGUCAUAUAAGGAGUUGUAUCAGAAUCUCUUUGAUGUACAUGUGGUGUCUCCGUUCUACUCGGAACCCGUGCAACCUCCAUUCCCAAAAUGGUAUAAUGAGAAUGCUCAAUGUGAGUACCACGCGAGAAUAACGGGACACUCAAUCGAAAACUGCACUAAAUUUAAAAAGUUGGUCGAAAGGUUCAUUGAAAUGGGAGUUGUGAAGUUUGACGAUUCCUCAGAACCAAAUCGCUCUAACAAUGCAGUAAAUGCGAUUUGA